CACGCGCGCCCGUAUUCUCUCACGCGCACAUCGGAGAGUAUUUCCGAGUGGGUUUUGUGCCGCUUGUCCUUCUUCUCUUCCUCUCUCCUCUCGCUACCGGGUCUGCUCACCGAGCUCCAUCUGAUAGCUGCUUCUCUACGACUUUGUUUCCACCACUGCAAAACCUCCGAGACUGUCAAAAUGGCACACAGAGGAACUGUGAAACCCAGUGCAAAUUUCAAUGCCAGCACAGAUGCUGAGGUCCUGCAAAAGGCCAUGAAGGGGCUCGGGACCGAUGAGGACGCCAUCUUACAGCUGUUGACGGCUCGCAGCAACGCCCAGAGGCAGGAGAUCAAGACCAUGUACAAAACCCUGUUUGGAAAGGACCUGGUAGAUGACCUGAAGGGGGAGCUUGGUGGUAAAUUUGAGACCCUGAUCGUAGCCCUGAUGACCCCACCCAUCCUUUAUGAUGUGACAUCACUCCGCAACGCUAUCAAGGGAGCAGGAACAGAUGAGAAGGUGCUGAUUGAGAUCCUCGCCUCCAGAACACCUCAGCAGGUGAAGGAUAUCAUCGCUGCUUAUAGGCAAGAGUAUGACGACAACCUGGAGGAGGACGUAGCCGGUGAUACCUCAGGCCACUUCAAGAGACUUCUGGUUAUUCUGCUGCAGGCCAACAGGCAGACAGGGAUCCAGCAUGGAAACAUCGAGAGCGAUGCUCAGGCCCUCUUCAAGGCCGGAGAGGAGAAAUUCGGCACUGACGAGCAAUCCUUUGUCACCAUCCUCGGAAACCGGAGUCCAGAACAUCUCAGGAAAGUAUUUGAUGCUUACAUGAAGAUGUCCGGAUACGAGAUGGAGGAGAGCAUCAGCAGAGAAACUUCUGGAGGCCUGAAAGAUCUGCUUCUUGCUGUUGUGAAGUGCGCCAGAAGUGUUCCAGCCUAUUUUGCUGAGACUCUUUACUAUGCAAUGAAGGGUGUAGGGACUGAUGACAACACUCUGAUCAGAGUGAUGGUGACUCGCAGUGAGGUGGACAUGUUGGAUAUCAGAACUGAGUUUAGGAGAAUGUUUGCCUGCUCCCUGCAUUCGAUGAUCAAGGGAGAUACCGGCGGCGACUACAGAAAGGCUUUACUGUUGCUCUGUGGUGGAGAUGAUGCGUAACCAUGGUGACAAGAACUACACCUGAAACAACAUCUGAAGUGCCUCUUUUAUUAAACUGUCUCGUUUGACGGUCGGCUUCAUCAGGGCUUUUUAAACUAUGACUCCAAAAAGUGUCUUUGAAAGGUAGCUAACGUUAAUUCAUGUCCAUUUUAUUGCAGCUUUUGGCUGACUAAUAUUUUCAAUAUGACUCAUAUCAUUCAUGUAUAAUGCUAAAGAAUCACAACACAAAUGUUUUGUUUGCACUUUGCAUGGCAGAAACAAUGCAUGCAAUAAUAAAUAUUUCAGAUGAUGAA